AGUUAUGCAGAGAGGACGCACGAUGCCGGAGAAAUAGUAAGGAGUAAGGAAGACUGGGAAGACACCUUUGUUUGGCGUUCGCGAGAUGGGCGGACGCCGGACCGCGGAUGAAUGCCGGCCAAACGCGUUAUUUGUCAAGGGUCAAGCCACGGAGUCGUCCGGCGUCGUGUCCGCGUUGCCUUGGAUGCUUCGAGGGUGCGGACUGUUCGUCCCCAUGUCAAUUUCCGCACCCACCAUCUCACUACUUGUGUACUUCUUCUUUCAUCAUUGAAAACCACCGACAGCCCGUGCGGUGAGCCCGCUGCAGUGUGUUUCUCAACAUAUGUCGUCUACACAAGCCCUACCUGGGUGAGUCGACUUGCGGUUACUUCCGUGUCUUCGUUGUUUUCUAACUUCGUGUUUACAGGACGGGCGCUGAUUAGAGAAAGAAUGUACAAACGGAUGACCUCACCUUCGGCGCAAACCACUCAACCGACAGUUGUGUCGGAACAACACAUCAAACCGGCGUGUACGUUCACGCAAGUCACACAGCAACUCUUUACCAACCCCACGGCGCCCCUUCCGGAUCUUGCACAGUUGCGGUAUUGGGGAUUCUCUUCUCGAAAGGAUUACUUUGAUUAUUUACGUUGUGAAGAGUUCGGUGGCGAACCCGCCACCAAACCGUCCGACGAUCCUGACGGCACGUUGGCCAAACUCGUGGCUCAACUUGGAGUGCCACGGAGGCAGCGAAAAUGAGCACCACAGACGAGAACGAAACCAGCAGAAAACCUUGCGCAUGAAGUGCAUCAAAAUCACUAUCCACCGGGCGUUUCCCGAAAACAGGAUGCUCAUGACAUCGAUGCUUUAGAACGCUCGAGUCCCACACUUCCUCUGUCUCAAGCCUCGGCAAUAUCAUCCGGAGACAUCUUGUGUAGACGCUCGAAGACAGAUAUCUCACUCCCCACCUUUAGGAUAUGCGCUGUUCGGUUCAUGUACAUAAUUGAACCCAAGUACGUGCGAAACAGUCCUGACAGCGGUAGCGACAGAUAUCCACUCGGCCGUAGGUCCGGAUGGGGAAGAUUAGGGCCGUGGUUGUGUACUAUACGCGGGCCAGUAAAGGUGGUGGAUGCCUUACUCUCGUCGUCCCAUGUCCAGCCAAGUCAUCUUUCAUCGAUACUUCGGAGAGACAUAUACUUCAUCCGCAGAUACUAU